UACAGCUGCAACGGGGGGAACUACAGGGGCAUCCACUAGACGGGGAGCUCGGAGAAAACCGCCAGCUGCAGGUGGUGGCGGCUCCUGGCAAUCAGGCAUUCCUCCAUCUGUGCAACCUCAAGAUGAAAACAAAACGGCGGACGACAACGCACAAAGUGCCCUUGCGCUUUCGUUUUCUUCACGGUCGGCUCUUGCAGCAGCACCUGUAGAAGAAGUUUCCGCGAUGUCGUCGAUACGGCCAAGUGCAAGCAGUGGGACCUCCUGGCCGUCCAGAGCAGUGCCUGUGCCCCAGCCGGAUGGGGAUGUUGAUUCGGUGGGACUUGUGCGCGAGUUCGUUCACAGCCCGGACUUGGCUGCACCUGUUCUGCCCGCCCUGGUCGCGGAAGCUGUGCUUCUUUGCUUUCUCGUCUGC